AUGCGGCUCUCUAACUUCGAUCGAUCGAUCACCGGCGCCUUCUUUUAUACCCGUCCCGAUUAUCUCAGAUCUGUAAUCAACAUAUACUUCGUUCUACGAUCCGAAGCUGAGCUAUAUAAGAUCUGGUCCCGAAAGCCGAGAGCAUCAGUUGAAGUCAAUCAAUUGCCCAGUGCAUUUAGCAUCAAAAACCGGAACCACCACUCCAGAAUCAAUAUGAAAUUCUUCUCAGUCGUCACCGUCUUUGUGCUCGGUCUGCUGGCCCUGGCCAACGCUGUUCCCCUGUCGCCCGAUCCAGGAAAUGUGGUCAUCAACGGCGACUGCAAAUACUGCAAUGUCCACGGUGGCAAGUAGGAAAGUUUUUGCCUAAGGAUCAA